AUGUCCGAACAGAUUACUAGAAUUACUCUUUUCAAGAUUCCAGACGAGGAGAAUCAAAAUAAAGUACUGGCGCUCUACCAGCAGAUGCCCCAAAAGGCCUUGAAAGACGGCAAGCCAUACAUUAUUUCGGUGAAGGUCGGUCUAGCUGUUGCUGAUCAAAGGGCCCAAGGGUUCACGAUUGCAGCUGUCUCUACAUUCUCAUCGAAAGAAGAUAUGGAUUACUAUGACAAUGGUUGCGCUGCUCAUCAAGAGCUGAGGGGCAUUACCAAGGGUGCUCACCAAGGCUUCGCCAUGGUCUUUUUCAAGGAUCAAGUCACAAAGUAG